CCCUAUUCCAUUGAUCUGUUUUCGCUUUAGUUCAUCUUGCGUUAUCAGGAUGUAUUCGCAAGAAGAGAAUAGCUUUGCGAGCACUAGUAGUUACGAAUUCACUAUGAUGUCUUUCUAUAAAGCAGAACGUGAGCGUGUAUUGCGUAUGUGGCGACAGUCCUUGGAAUCAACGAACCAAGUGAAUGACGAGGUCAACGAUGAAAGCAUGGAGGUAGAAAACGACGAAAACAUUCCACCAGGAAAAUUCUGUACUGCUAUUCCUCCGAGACUAUGUCAAAAACGUCCGUUAAACUCGCCACCUCCCUACCUUAUUUCCAACAUGAAGAGAAUGAAGUGCGAGUGAGAUCCUUGUAUAUCGCAUGUUGCUACACAAAGAAAUAUUGUAUCUCUUCAUUUGAUCUUCACUUAAUACGGUGUAAUUUGCUAAUAGCAUAAAUUUUCUGAAGUAAUGCUCUAUCCUGUUUUCUCGAUAAGGCA